GGUGCUCCUUUUGAAGCUUGUUUGUAUAGCAAGCACUCUGUGUUUAUGUAAGCCCUGUUUAUGGAAUGGAAGCUAAAAUCACCCCUAAACCACCCCUUGGUACCCCUCCCAAGCCUAGGUCAUGCUCUUGUUUAAAAAAAAAUCUGACCCAGCCAUUAUUAGCCUUCACAGCUUGUGUGUGCGUCCCCCAGGAUGUUGGCUAAUGAGGCUUAAAGCAGGUUAUGUGAGGGGAGAGUUAUAGCUGGCUGAAAAAGAGAGGAAGGGGGUUUGGUUGAUUUGGUUGGUCUGGAGGAGGGAGGUCUGGAAAUAAAGAAUCAUCAGGACUUAGGGAGGGAACUUCCUCCUUGGCCCUGUUUCUGGGCAGGGAAAAGAGAAAAGCUAGAGGCCAAAUGGGGGCCAGAUCCACAGGGGACUGACCCAAAAAGGAGACUUUGAGGAAUAGAAAGGGCAAGGAAAGCUCUGUGUGGGAGACAGGGCAAAGAUUACCGGGACAAAUUUUAAAAGGAGGAAGCGGGGGAGGAUAUAUAAAAAGAGGGGCUCCAUCUUUAGAAGGAAGGAAAAUGAGGAGGGGGCACGGGGUGAUCUUGGUGGAUAUUUUGAUUGCUGAAGCUCCAACAGAACCCUUUUCAAAAUGGUCAGCUCACCCUGGAGUGGAGUCAAGUAUCCCUCAGGAGGAAGGAAAGAACGGUUUUGAUGAGCCCAGAAGGAAUAAUGAAGCUGGAAGCUGGCUGUGGUGUAGCCACCUCAGAGGUCCCUAAGUCCAAAAAAGAGUCUGAGCCAGAUGAGGAGCCACUCUCAGAAAACCUGCCACAGGAGGCCAGGUCUGGAUCAGGGUUUGAGACUGUGGGCAAGCCUCUGGGGGCCGAGUCAGGGCCUAAGGCCAAGGCCAAGUUCUUGGGAGCCCAGCCCAGGUCUGGAUCUAGACCUGAGACUGAGGUUGAAUGGUUGGACUCCCUGGGGGCCACAGAGUGGGAGUUUGAGUAGGUGCUUGUCAUCUCAGGGGGCUCCUGUGGUGGUCUCGACUAUCUUUCUAACCCCUGUCACAGCUGGCUCCAGGACCCCAACCGCACCACGGUGCUGGCCAAGUGGGACAGAGGAGUGAUCGCGCUGGAGUUGGUGCACUUGAUUGACGGGAAGACGGCGCUGGUGGAGGGACUGCGCGUGGCGCCCUGGGAGCGCGGCAAGGGCGUGACCGAGCUGCUGCAGCGCUUCUGCUUGCAGCUAGUCAAGCGACAGUACCUGGGGGUUAAGGUGGCACAGCUUGCCCGGGAAGAGCCGCUGCCCCUCCGGGGGCUGAAGAAAUACCACUUAAUCAUCAAGCAGGGCGUCCUUUUGAUCAGAUUCUACGCAUCAACGCUGCUGGCAGGUGUGGGCUCGAGGCAGGCAGCGCUGGGGGUCUCAGGCGCCUUCUCUCCCCUGCCCACCGAGGCCCUGUCAGAGGCAGGCGGCAACAUGGCAAGCCUGCUGCGCUCGCCCUCCAUGCAGCGCGACGUGCUGCCAGGCAGGACCUUCAUCCAGGACUGGAAGCCCUACGACCCGAGCAGCCUGCGCCUGCUGGUGGCCAAGGGCCUGGAGUGGCGGGUGGACAGCCGCAAGUGCCCGCGCGUGAUCACGCUUUGCACAGGCCCUCUCCUCAUUCUGCAUGCGGGCGAAGGCGCGUGGUGCUGCCUCGGUGUAGAUGCCUUUGGCUGCAACUGUGCUCAGAUGCAGAGCCAGUUUCCGUGGUAUCUGCAGCUCCAGACCCGGCACCUCACCGGCCUCAACGUCUUGUGUCUGCUCUUCCUGGCGCCCCAGUUGUGGUCACAGCUGGCUUAUUUCUGCCCCGGCUUGGGGUUCGAGUUGGUCAAGGGUUACGCUGAGCAGUGUCUGCUGGAGGCCGACAUCUGAGGCCUCUACCAUCUGAGGAGCACUUUUUAUAUUCUCUCCCCGACCCCAGCCCAAGAUCCCCAGAAAUCCCCGCCCUCAUUUGCAAGCUCCACCCCCUACCCUGCUGCCUAUUCUAACCAGCUCUCCAUCCUUCCCUUUGGCCCCUACCUCUGUCUGUCAUCUUGCCUUUAACACUCCCGAACGCCGUUGCCCAAAGCCUGAACUGAAUCACCUGGCUUGAGGGAUCCCCAUGUGCUGCUAUUGCCCACAUUUUCCCCUUCCCGGCCAAAGAACCUGUUCCUUCACAUGCUUCAUAGCUUUUUCCUGUCCCUCAUCCUAGCCUGGGAGUAACCUCUGUGCUUCCUGGCUCUCCUUUCUGCCUCCUCCUGGCUGGAAGUGGGCAGAAGUGUGUGCAACGCCCAGCACCUCUCCCAGAGCACAGCUGCCCUGGAAAAACUGUCUUCCUUGUGCUCCUUCCCAAGCCCUCAGAGCUUGCCCAGUGCUCCCCUCACCGCUCUCUUAGCCUCUUGCGCCUCCAGACCGGUGGCCUCUCCCUCCUCUCUGUAGCCCCAUCUUCCUCCUCCCUGGACCUCCCAGACACUUAGCUCCUCAUUGCCUCUCUGUUCCCUUUCCCCGUGACCUUUGUCACCCAGCCCGUGUGCAAUAUGGAGAGGGACCCUGUAAAUGAAACAGAUUUAUAAUGCUCUCCCUACUUUGGCCCUCUGUUUAUGCUCUGCUGUUGCACCUUUCUGAUGAGGGUUUCCUCCAAUUUUGCACGGUGUUACUAUUUCACAGGGCCCCUCCGUGAUGUCCCCCAACCAGUGGCAGAACCAGGAGGUUCAGGCUGGAGAGUUGUGUAGUGAAGCACAGGCCCCUCAGCCCAUGUGGGGCUGUCUCCUGAUUCUAAAAAGGCUCCUUCUAGUGAGACUGCAACCCCCACCUCCAGGUUUUUCUGGACAGUCCUCCCUUCCUCUUGUUCCUUUCUGCUUUUUGGACUUUGGUAGUCUUCUAUUUAAAUACAAGUAGUAACAGCUGUAUCUCCACAGUGCUGUCUUCUAUACUGCAUCCUCACAUCUACUGCAGAGGGAGGAAAUAGAGGCCCAGAAAAAUCAAAGUGACUGCCCAGUCUCUCACAGUAGCUGGGAGCCUCGCAGGGACUAGAACUGAGAUGUCCCAAGCCCAAAGCAUGCCUCAGAGCCUCUGACGGUGGCAGCUUGAACUCCUUGUUGGAUGGUGGCGAGCUACAUUGACAGCGAGCACACGGUUCGCUGGGAUGGAAUCUGAGACGUGGGCAGAGGAGGGCGCCGGAAGGUGGGAAGUGGGCACGGGGAACCACUGCCGUUCCAGUUCCGGCUUUGCUGAUGUGCUCCUCUACCUGCUGCGCCCGGCCCUGCGGCCACCCUUCCAGUCACUUCAUCCAAGGCUGUGUUGCAAUAAAACGAACUCAGCCCACCA